AUGACCAUGUCAAAGCGUUCAGAAGAGACCAUGAGACAAACAUGUCCCAACAUGCAGCUCAUGGAAAAUAAACCGAAGACUAAAAGAAAAGGUGAGAGGAGGGAUCUGUGCUGUGCUUGGGAAUGUUCUGAUACGGAUGGCGGAACCAGCGAUGAUAAUGACUUUCAUCAAUACCAGGAGGCUAAACAGAAGGUUAGGCACAGGUGCAGUUACUUGGACGAAAGGAACAUCAUUUUGUCCCCUCAUUUAUUUGCUCAGCCCAGGUCAUGCGUAUCUGGAGCAAAUGAUGCAUUGGAUGAAGCAAACUCAAGAUGGAAAGCUUCUCAAAUCAGUAGCGUCUCCACUAAAUCUGCCAGCCCAGACAUAAACAUUACCACUGAGAGACCAAGUGCACCAGACCCGAGCUGUGUACCCAUAAAUCCCAGCGUAUCUAGUGAUUCAAUGCCCCAGAGACAAAAUACUGUCAGCGAGAACUCACUGCAAGUACAUAUCGUAGAGGUGAACGGGAUUCUGCCAAUGAUUGAGUGGAUUCCAGAAUCAUCUCAUGAGCAAAUGAUGGAGGAAACCACAUCUUGGAGGUGUGCUGGACUUGUCUCAGCGAACAUUGAAACAAGGAGUCCUGAAGCUCUUUGGAAGAAGGCAUCUGGAAAGAAAAUCGAAUGGUGCCACAAGCGCCUGGAUAAGGCGUCCCACUUUGGGUCAUCAUCGCCCACUGCAGCCAGGCCCAGAGUGGUGAUCCGGAGACUGGCGCGAGGAAGAGGUUACAGAGGGACAAGCAGGCAUAGGGAACAGAAGCUCAAACCACUGGUGAAUCACAAAGACCUGCACAAUAGCUACUAUAAUCUGUCAACACUACAUAAUCGCUAUGGAUGUCUCUGUAGCCCUUGCCAACCGCGGUUGAGACACAGUCCAGGGGGAGACCAGCGAGACGCCACACAGAACCUUGACAGGAAACAGCAAGAGUUUUCAGAAGCAAUUGGGGACAUUUGGUGUCUGUCAGGAUGCCCGAAGAACGCCGAAUCCCCUCCGACUCCGCACCAUGUCACUUUCUCUCAUAUUUUACAGGUUCUCCAGACCAAACCAGCCAAUUUUCCAGAGGUCAGGGGCCAGAGAUGUCACAGGGCUCUUUAA